GCCCUUGAAGGGGCACACUGGAGAGGUUUACUUAGUCUCAUUCUCUCCGGAUGGUACUCGCAUCACGUCUGGUUCAUCGGAUAAGACUGUGCGGAUGUGGGAUGCAGCGACGGGACAGCCAUUGGGCGAGCCCUUGAAGGGGCACACUGGAAGGGUUUUGUCAGUUUCGUUAUUACCGGAUGGUACCCGCAUCGCAUCUGGUUCGGACGAUCACACUGUGCGGAUGUGGGGUGUAGUGAAAGUGCAGCCAUCCCCAGAGUCAAGAGAGCUAGAUUCCUCCGCAUCUCCGUUACAUCAAAGCACGGCUCCACCCAAUCCCCCGAGUCAAGAAAGCCAGAUUCCUCCGCAUCUCUGUUGUGUCAAAGCACCGCACCUCCCACCCAAGAAAGCCGUGUCAUACCAACCUGUAACAAUCGCCUCAUUUCUUUCUCAUCCAGUUUGGAACACGCUCUGCCCAACCCCGCUGACUUGCUCGAACCCCCCUCUCAUCAUGAUUCUGAUUCAACCCCUUUCUUGCUGCAAGCUGAUGGAUGGGUGAUGGGACCCAGUCGUCGGCUCCUUUUCUGGGUACCUCCCGCCUCCCGACAUGCAUUUUAUACUCCUUGGACUUCAUUGGUGAUACCCAAAGGAUGUCCUGAGCUUGAUUUAAGCCGCAUGGCCCAUGGAACACGCUGGUCGAGUUGCCGAGAUACCUCCACGUAACGAUGAUUUCAUUGCAAUAUCGUGUGUACAAUUUGAUUCUUUGAUUCUUUGUCAAUCUUUAUACCCAAUACUAAGCAUGAAUUU